GUGUACAGCACUCACUUAAAUAUUAUAAUAUCGGUCCAUCCCUAAAACACUUACAUCCCUAAAACAAAAACGCCGAAUAUUGUAAAUAUUGGGUGGGAAGGAGCACCACAAAUAACAGACUGGCAAUGAAUUCAUGCUUCUUUUGUGGAGCCGUUGACUUACACGGCACUGCAAACUAUGAAUCGCUCAGUACAAAGGUGCCCUCGUCCCAGAAAUUGGUUUCACUGGUGCUCACCCAUCUCGCCAGCUGUAUGAAAACCGAAAUGAAUCUGAAGAAGGAUACAAAGCUUUGUCCGCGCUGUUUUCAGGAAUUGGCCGAAUAUGAUACGAUUAUGGUGAACCUAAUGGUUGCCCAAAAGAAACUUACAGCUCAAUUGAAGGAGGCCCUCAAAUCCGAGUUCGAAGACGAAACGCUAAUCGAUGAUUUUGAGGAUAAAUCCGCUCAAGACGAUGCCGAAGCUGAGGCAUUGUUUGAGGAGCUCGUCAAAGAGGACGAUCAAGAGGUGGAUAUUAAGGAGGAAUAUGAUGAUGAUAACGCUGACGACGACGAUGAUGAUGAGGAGGAGGAGUUCCUAUGCGAGGUACGGCCCGAUGAGGGCGGCGUUAAGCGCGGAGGUGCCGCCGACGAUCAAAAGAAAUUCAUGCCGAAGCGCAUUCGGCAGGAGUGCGGCACUUGUGACAAGGUCUUCUAUGCCCGCUAUCAGCUGCAGAAGCACAUCAGCGAGGAACACAACAAAUCGCAGGCGCACGUCUGUCCCAUCUGCGGCGUCAUCCGCCGCGACGAGGAAUAUCUGGCGCUGCACAUGAACACGCAUGAGGGCAAAACGGAGAAGCAGUGCCGCUACUGCCCCAAGAGCUUUUCGCGUCCAGUGAACACGCUGCGACACAUGAGAAUGCACUGGGACAAGAAGAAGUAUCAAUGUGAGAAGUGCGGAUUGCGCUUCUCGCAGGACAAUCUGCUCUACAAUCAUAGGUUGCGGCACGAGGCCGAGGAGAAUCCCAUUAUUUGCAGCAUUUGCAACGUUUCGUUCAAGUCGCGGAAAACAUUCAAUCAUCAUACGCUGAUCCACAAAGAGAAUCGACCACGGCAUUAUUGCACCGUGUGCCCCAAAUCUUUCACAGAGCGCUAUACACUCAAAAUGCACAUGAAGACCCAUGACGGCGAUGUUGUCUAUGGGGUGCGAGAGGACGUGCCCACAGAUGACCAGGUGGUCGAGGAGCUACAAGUGGAUGUGGAUGAAUCCGAGCAGGCCGUCACGGUCAUAAUGUCGGACAACGAUGAUCCCACUUCCGGCAUUUGUCUCAUUUGCAAUGUGAACUACGAGAGCAAAAAGGAGCUCGCCCAUCAUUUACAGUAUGAACACGACGCUGUAUUGAAUAAUUAGCAAUAAUAAUUGUAAUAACAUUAAUAUUUAAAAUCAUAUGCACGCCACAAAUACGCAUUCGUAUUUAUUUUUAGGCUUCUAUAACCUUAUGCACAUUAUUUUUUAUAAAA